UAUAAAAGAUUACAAACAAUCGGAGCCAUUUUGCUGGCAGCAUUUCGCGCGUACGUGUCGUCCGACGUAUGAACGUACAACAAAUACAUCCACGUGCUGGAAAGACCAUCGCCACAAACACCGUUAAUUUAUAAGGGGAGAAAAUGACAAGGACGGGUAGGAGGGAGAAAAGGGGAGGGGAAUUGACAUUAAAGAAACACCACACAAGGAAACUACACCGCAGACACGCACACGCCUUCAUUUUAUGUUUUUGAAUAACAUCCUGGUGGGGAGUGCGCGCACUAAAGUGUUACAUUGUAACACAGAACUGAAGUGACCGAAAGAAAAACAUCAAAGCGUUUGCCGACGAUUGCCGCGAAAUGGGCUCAGAGCCACCGUCAUCCCCUCAGGUGGUCGAGGAGGGCGCCGAUGAAGACGAUGAGGAGUUGAGUGGGACUGAAGAUGCAGACCUGAAGGCAUCAUCUGGAAGAGGUUCCCUCUUGACCCGGAGAGGCAUCACACUAAGGGUUCUUUUAAAGGACGGUCUCGUGGAGCCCGGAGAUGGCGCUCUGACCAUACACUACCUGGGUAAGAAGUUUGUUGGAGAUCUUUUAAAAGAUGGGAAGAUCCGUUGGGUGGAGACGGGGCAGAUUUUUAACUCCCCAAGUGCUUGGGCCACACACUGUAAGCGGCUGGUCAACCCGGCUAAGAAGUCUGGAUGCGGCUGGGCCUCGGUGCGGUACCGUGGACAGAAACUGGUCCAGUACAAAACCACCUGGCUACACAAAUACCAGCCCAGUGCUGACAUGAGCCUGAUAAGCGAAGGAGAGGAUGAUGAGAUAGGCGAUGAAGAUGAGGAAGAGGGGAAGACAGCUAUGCCAACAGAGGACAAGAUUAAAAAGUCCAAACCCGAGCUUCAUGACAUUGGUCUGUUGCAGAGGAGAGACAGAGAGAGAAUUCCAGUCAGGUAUUGCACACUUGGCACCAGAGAUGCUGCAAGGGAUCCUCAGACCCUCGUUGAGCUUUCUGCCUUUUCUGCGAUCAACCGCUUCCAGCCUUUUAAUGUAGCUGUUUCCAGCAACGUCUUGCUGCUAAUGGAUUUCCACUGUCACCUGACCACAAGUGAGGUGGUAGGGUACUUAGGGGGCCGAUGGGACACUAACACACAGCUGCUGACUGUCUUACGGGCAUUCCCUUGCCGCACACGGUUAGCUGAUAAAGACGCUGCCCCGGCUGUCGAAGAAGAGAUUUGUCAAAAUCUCUUCAUGAGGGGACUGUCAUUGGUGGGAUGGUAUCACAGUCACCCACGAGGCCCCGCCCUUCCUUCGCUGCAGGACAUUGAUUCGCAAAUGGAUCACCAGUUACGCCUACAAGGGAGCAGUAAUGGCUAUCAGCCCUGUCUGGGGAUUAUCUGUGGACCAUAUUACCAUGGCAACCAGGGUGUGGCCUCCACCAUCACGCCGUUCUGGGUGGUACCACCUCCAGAGCAACGGCCCAGUGAUUAUGGAAUCCCAGUGGCUGUAGAGGUCACGUACGUGCAAGACAACUUCCUGACUACAGACGUCCUCAAUGAGAUGAUGCUAUUGGUGGAGUUUUAUAGGUCAGCUCCAGACCUGGUGCACUUCAGUCAGAUGUGGAGUCCUAAUACCUCAAUACUGGACAAAAUUAAGGCUUCUCUGAGUGGCCAUGCACCCAAAGACCAGGCGUACGCUCAGAUCCUGGAGCAUGUGUACAACCAACUGCGCAACACUCGGUGACUUUAGCAGUUUCUGUUACAACCAACUGCGCAACACUCAGUGACUUGAGCAGUUUCUGUUAGUUUGUGUGUCAAACUGUUUGGUUUUUCAGUCACUGCUGACUCUGGACCUCCCGCCCUGUGCAUUACCGUCUGUGCACUGUUAUACUGUAUAUGAAAUGCCUUUGUGAAGGAUAUAUCACAUAUGCUUCCGUCCAAACUGUUGCCUUUAGGACUGUUAGGUCUGUAUCACUGGCUAUGGUUUCUGAGGUUCUGCAAUAUCUGUGCUGUGAACUUGUCUUCCUCUGUGGUAGAAAAGUCUGGUAGUUAGGAUAGACAGGUAAAUAAGUUCUCUCUCUACUGUUUAUGCUGGUACUUAUCUGUUUGUGUGUGGUUAGAUUUGUAUCAUGUUGACUUCCUGAUAUGGGAACAAUGCCUUUUACCUGCUGAAUACCUGAAAUAUACACUGGAACAAAUG